AUGGUAAGGGAAGGAUUUGCAUCGGCAGCGCCUAUUCUUAUCCCCGCUGAGGAGUUCUGGGCAACUGAGUUUCCGAAUGGCCGUACAGUUCCGACAAACCUGGACGAUCUUGUCAUCUACGAGUUACAUGUCGGUUCGCUCGGCUUCGGAAAGACAACGAGCGGCGACUUGAGCGACGCUAUUCAGUUUCUGCAUCACCUGCGCAGACUCGGUGUAAAUGCGGUCGAACUGAUGCCCAUGGCUGAGUUUGGCGGGAAAGCGGGCUGGGGUUAUGGAAACACCCAUCACCUCUGCGUGGAGUCAAGCGCUGGUGGUCGUGACAAGUAUCGCCAUUUCGUGCGCGAGUGUCAUCAGAAUGGAAUUGCCGUCAUUCAGGACGUGUGUUACAACCACUACGAUUACUACGCAGACCGUGCUGAAUGGGCUUACGAUUCCACGCUUGCAGAGGAGAACAUCUACUAUUGGUAUGAAGGACCAAGGUCUCAGUACUCAGAUUCGUCUGGAGGCUACCUCGAUAAUGGUUCAAGCGGGUUCACUCCGCGGUUCUGGGACGAAAACAUUCGCCAGCAGUUCAUCAGUAGUGCCGCUUUCCUGGUCGAGGAAAUGCACGUCGAUGGACUCCGCGUUGACCUAACGGAUGCCAUUCACCGGGACAACAAGCUCCACGCUGAUGGGCGCCAGGUCGGCGCUGCCAAUGUAUACGGGCAGAAGUUUCUGCGUCAAUGGAGUCGAACGCUGCAUAUGAUUAAGCCGUCAGUGAUGCUGAUCGCGGAAGAUCACACAGGGUGGGAUGCAGUCACGAAACUACCAGAACAGGGUGGACUCGGAUUCCAGGUGAAGUGGGAGGUUGGUUUCUAUCACAGCCUUAUUGGCGAUUCGCACCAUUCGGCAGGUUGGCCUCGGCAGCUUUUGAAUGCAGGAUUCGGUGGAAACGACGCGCUCGAGUUCGAUAAGUUCUCUGGAACUCUCUACAACACGCAAUAUCAUCGGGUGGUUUUUCCCGAAUCACACGACGAAGCUGGUAACGCUGGAGGCACUGCUCGCACCAUAGUGGUCGCCGUUGGUCAUGCGCCUGUAUAUGGUCCAACACGCACCGUGGCCGAAGCCCGGUGCCGUCUGUGCUACGGUCUGUCGCUUCUCUCUGCAGCUACCCCUAUGUUCUUCAUGGGCGAGGAGGUGGGCGCUCAGAAGCCUUACACGUUCGACAACUUUGUCCACCACCGGGAAGACAUUACUGGACUGCGAGAUGGGAUAGGUGGAUUCAUGUUUCGUUUCUACCAGGAGCUAAUCAGUCUACGAAAGGAGCUAGCCUCUAUUCGAUCCCGCAACAUCGACAUCCUGCACCAGUCUAAUAGCAAUCGAGUAAUUGCGUUCAAGCGAUGGAGCGGCAACGAAGAGGUGAUUGUUGUGGGCAGCUUGAACAACUCAGCGUUCAGCAACGGAUACACGGUGUGGAAAGACGCCACGGCCAUUCCCAACGCGAGCUGGAAAGAGGUCUUCAACAGCGACUCCGCGUUCUAUGGCGGUCAGAACAUCGGAAACUACGGACAGGCGAUUCAGGUGACCGACAAUCGUCUUAAUGUUGUUUUACCUGCAAAUGGCUUUGUUGUGUUGGUAAAGCAGUAA